AUAAAUAAAGCUCACAUUUUGUGGAUGUUUCAAAUGGAUUCAGCUGAUUUUUGGCAGCAGGCCCGAGUGCCGUUUGCCUUACAAGCUGCAUCAACAAUGCAGCAUCAGCAGCAGCAACAGCAUCAUCAACUUCCACUUAUGCACCCACAACCUAAUACGCAGCCGUCAGGCAAUCAGCAGCAAAAGCAACAAUCCGACCCCGCGACUACUGCAACGACUACUAAUAAUAACCACCUGCCAUUGAACAACAAAUUGCAGACAGGCCAUCUGCAGCAGCAACAUCAACCGCAGCAGCAACAUCAUCAACAGCAAAUGCAAUUGCAACAUCAAGUAGAGCAACAGUGUUAUGUUAGCGAAGCAACCAAUUUUGAAGCGGAACAAGAUGUUGUCACAACGACGUCAACAUCGAACCAUCAUUUACUAUUCAAUGCAGCUGCUGCCGCCGCAGCAGCGGUACAUCUCAAAUCAACGGCCCUCAAUAAUCAUAAUCAAAGCAAUAGCAACAACACAAAUUCAAUUGACAGUCAUCUCGUAUCAAGUUUGCCAGUGAAGCUGAAACAUGAACAUGGACAACUGCAGCAGUCGGAUCCUCGUCAGCAACAGUCCGAAACUGAGACUUACAGUGGCAGCGGAUUCUUUGGAUCUGUUCACAUGGUGGAUCAGCAAUCACAUAAUCAGCAGCAACAGGAUCGCAGCACUACACCAAUAACGAAUGCAAAUAAGGCUAUGUCGCAAGGUCAGCAAUCCCCACAGCAUUCUAUUACACCAUCUGGCGGAUGUUCCACGCCUGAUAUUAAGUUCAGCAAUGAAAAGUUGGCCAACGAGAUUCAGCUUCAGCUCUCCAGAUCGAGCAGCGCAGCCGCAAUCAGUGAACGAACCCUUGAAGAAUGUUGGUCAACCCUGCAACGACUUUUCAUGCACAAGAGCGCCAUGCAGCAGAUCCAACAGCAAAUUCCUCGUGUCGGCCUUGGGGCACAAGGGGUUGCAACCAAUUCGGCGGCCAACAUGGGCAGCAGCACCAGUGCAUCCGGAUUGGGAACUGAAACAAAGCCACAUCAAUGUCAGCAGUGCAUGAAAAGCUUCUCCAGUAACCAUCAAUUGGUACAACAUAUACGCGUCCACACCGGUGAAAAGCCCUACAAAUGCUCCUACUGUGAUCGUAGAUUUAAGCAGCUAUCCCAUGUCCAGCAGCACACGCGGCUUCAUACCGGGGAGCGUCCAUACAAGUGUCACUUGCCUGAUUGUGGUCGAGCUUUCAUACAGCUCUCAAAUCUACAACAACAUCUGCGAAAUCACGAUGCCCAGGUAGAACGCGCUAAGAAUCGUCCCUUUCACUGCAAUAUAUGUGGCAAAGGUUUCGCAACAGAAUCAAGCCUGCGAACGCACACUUCCAAGGAGCUACAGCUGCAUCUUGGUGUCUUGCAGCAGCAUGCAGCACUGAUCGGUGGUCCGAAUGCCACAUCUUGUCCCAUAUGUCAUAAACUCUUCCUUGGCACCGAGGCUUUAAUGGAUCACAUGAAACUUGUUCACAAAGAAAAACACCACCCCAUUCCGAAUGGGACUGCAAGUGCAUUUCGGAGAGGUUAAAUUAAUAAAUUUCGUUUAUCAUCAUUUGUAGCUGGUCAAUGUAACAAUGGAUCCCAAGGUGCGAAUGGCAAUGUUUGCGCUGGUCCAAAUGCGCUCGCCUCUCAAUGCACCUCUGAAUUGAAUUGUGGCCUACCAUCGACACCAAGUCUGCAUGAAAGUUAUCUGGGCAAACGGAGAACCGCGAAUCAUCCGUGCCCCGUAUGUGGCAAGCACUAUGUAAACGAAGGAUCCUUGCGAAAACAUUUGGCCUGUCAUGCCGAGACCGCACAACUUACUAAUAGUCUUCGAAUGUGGCCGUGUUCUGUCUGCCAGGCCGUCUUCACAAACGAGAACGGACUUCUUACCCAUAUGGACCAUAUGCGCAUGGAUCCCAAACAUCAGUUUGCUGCUCAAUAUGUUUUGUCGCGAGCGGCAGCAGAACAACGAGAACGCGAUUCUUUAUUGGCAGCUUCAUUGACUUCAGCUGGGAUUCGGGAUACGGCGAGCAUGUUGCCAUCGAUUGGAAUUGGUCUAUCUGGAGCUGGUGGCUCAAACUCAUUAUGCCCAUCGCCUUCGGCGAAUUCAGAGUGUUCGUCGAAUGGGCGAUUGUCCUCAUCGUCUGCAUCCGAUCAGGAACAAGACGGGGAUCAGGGUUUGAGUGAGAAUGAAAACAACAAUCACAACAACAACAUGACUAAUCUAAACAAUAACAAUAAUAGCGUGAACAACAAUAAUACCAACAACAACUGCAACUCAAGUAAAAUCAAUUUGAAUUUAAGCGAGCUUCAUUUGCCCAAUUCAAGUCAGUUUAGCAUGGAGCAUGCCGAGCAGCUGCAUGCAAAUCGAAUGUCUCUAAUGGCAGCUGCUUCAGCCGCCGCAGCAGCUGUCGCUGCCUCUUCUCAUGGUUCACGCUCUCAAGAUGACUCCAUUGAUGCCGUUGUCACUGCUAACUCGGGCAGUGCGGUUGUCCAGGCGGCAGUUGUUAAUCUAGCCGCCGCCAUGCGAAUGAACAAUACUGUAAAUCCACAAACGCAACAGCACGCAGAUCAACAAAUACAGCGGCAACAGCCAAAUCAGCAACAGCAGGCUCCACACCAACAUCAUCAUCAAAACCAACACCAAAUACCUCAUUUGCCUCAGCUGUUGUCGCCACAUGGUGGCCAACAACAGACCCAGCCUGGUAGCACUAGUACCGGAGCUAGUAAUAACAAUCAGCGUUCACCCACGAUUAAUGUACCUAGUUUGCAAAUUCAAGCUGACAACACCUCAUCAGUAAUGAUAAGUAUGAUGCGCAACUCUCUGGAUUCUGGUCUUGGUGGAAUGCAUCAAUUGGAGCCAUUACAUCAUCAUCAACUUCAAUCCACGAAUUUUGCACAGGCUUCUUCCCAUCAGGGACCACCACAUCAUCAUCCCCAGCACCAUCACCAGCAUAGCCACAGCCAUAACCCGGAAACCACACUAAGAAUGCAUCAGCAAGCCGAGGCGAUUUUGCGAUCCCACACAGAAGCGGCUUUUCGCCUAGCAGCCGCUUCAGUGGCAGCAACCAAUGCAAACUCUACAGCGCCAAAUAUCACCAGUUCCUCAGUUCCAAUCGUUGUUAAAAUGAAACAUUGUCGCACCACCUACAACAACGUCAAGUCAAUGAAGAUAUACAGACAGCGAGCGCGAACGUAUUACAAGAAGUCCAACCGCAACAGAAUCAAUCAAACUCAUGAAGUCAUUGCAGUGGUUGCAUUUAAAAAACGCAUCACAAACCAAAAAUAUAUUCGCAUAUAUAGUUAGUAUGGCGACGGGAUACUAAGUACCAUUACUACAAUACCGCGUUCACUCAUAUAGGCAGCACCCAGUACAACGAACUUCAUCGAUCUAUAAAUUCCAACCUAUAUUGAGUUACGGAUUACAAAUGAAAGCAUAAAGAUUGACAUUGACGGAGAUAUCAAAACACCGCACACUACUUCUACAUAUACAUAAAUGGCUUUUAAAUGUCUUCAGACUAGAUUAUUUAAAUUCAUAACUCUUAGCCACAGAUGAUUUGGUUUCUAAAAUAAGCAAGCGCAUACGAUUGUUUUGAGUAUUUAUUUAAAAUAAUUCAUAUAUGUAAUGGCAUCAACUAUCUGACUGAUCUGCUAUCCCAAAUGUCCCAGUAGACUCAGUUAUACACAUAUUAACAUUUCAAAUUGUAAACUUGUAUAGCAUUAAAAGGAAUUGCCAUAUAAGUUCGAAAGUUAUAAUAUAUUGAUUUCAUCAUGAAUAUUUUAUGAGAACUUAAAAAUCAAAAUCAUAAAGCUGACGAUGUUAUGUCAAAUCAUUUUAAGAUCUGGUCUGAUUAAGAUCCACUAAUUCGUGUACAAUUGUACUUAAAGGUUUAAUUACUAAAUAUCUUUCUGUAUACAAGGUAUUACAUCAGUAUUUAUAUUGAUAUUUAUAUACACGCAAAUUGACAAUUUUGAUUGUGGAUCAUUAUUUUGAAGUUACAGAAGUUUAUAGUACAUUUACAAACAUUUAUAAGGACUUCAGGAAACUUCUUUUUAUAAAAUUGAUGCUAAAACAAUAAAUACUAUACGUAAGUAUAUUAAAUGACUUGUGAAGUAACAUAAAAAUCUAGUCUUAUGCACAAUAUGUUGCUUUACAUUUUGAAAUCCUGUGUAAAAAGUAAAUUUAGUUGGAAAAGAUAGAUUUCACAAAUACACACAUGUAUAUAAACUUGUACGUAUAUCAUGUAAUUAAUUAAUUAAAAUGAUAUAUAUAUAUAUAUUUUUUUGUUGUUUUAUUACAAAACUUAGGCAGCUCAUUUGGGUCAUCUUCAAAAGGACAAAAUGUAAUUGGCGUCUCUAAGAAGUGUUUAAUAUCAAAUUAUUUCAAAUUUUAAUUUAAUAUCUUUAUCGAGCAAUAUGUCACUUUCAGCGGUCGCCCAUUUAUAAGUGUAUUUCCUUUUAUUUAAUUUCUGGUCAAAUAAAAGCAAUUUUACAACUUCAGCAAUUGUAUUAAAUUAAUGGCGUGAAUAAGCGUUUAGAUAAUUCAGAGGGUUCAGCAUAAAUACUUUUAUUUUGAGCAUCCACACACCCGAAUAACAGAUUUUUAUCAAUUAUGCUUGUUGUUGGUCAUUUAAUUUUGAAUUUUUGGACAUCUUUACAGUUUAUUUGAUAUAACUAACGGCAAUAAUUCUUAGACAUUUUUUAAACAAUUUAAUUUAAAAUAAAGUCUAUUGCGUAUAU